AUGCCGCUGCCAUCUUUGCCCGAUAUCCCCUUGAGUCUUGCACUCCCUGCCGCAGCAACCACACUUGCAUACCUCAAUGCAAGAUGGUCGGUCUACUACGAUUUGAAUCUUCUCAAGGGGUUGUUGAAGUUGACGGUGAAGUCCCACGUUGCCGAACGUGGCGACCGCUUGAACCUCUUUUACACACUUGAAUCCUAUGCACUCGAUCCAAAAACUGCAGACAACGAUUUUAUUGUGUAUAAUGGACGAAAAACGACGUUUCACGAAGCUUACAUUACGGCCCUUCGCUACGGAGCGUGGUUUAAGAAUGUCCACGGCAUCAAGAGCAAGGAGAUCGUCGCGAUUGACUUCAUGAAUUCCUCCACCUUCGUAUUCAUGUUGCUGGGACUUUGGAGCAUCGGAGCUGUCCCUGCAUUUAUCAACUAUAACUUGUCUGGCAAGCCACUCACCCACUCUAUUCGAACCUCCACUGCGAGGCUCUUGGUGGUUGACGAAGACGUCCGCCACUGCUUCCCAGCGGAGCAACUGGAGAUUUUGACAUCCCCAAGCUUCCGUGACGGCAAGGGGCCGGUUGAGAUCGUGUUUCAUACUGCGGAAGUCGAAGCGCAGAUUUUGGGGAUGGAGCCUACUCGGGAGGAUGACAAGGUCCGCAGCGGCUUGAUCCCUCGCGAUAUGGCUAUCUUGAUUUACACAAGUGGCACCACCGGGCUUCCCAAACCCGCUAUUGUCAGUUGGAAGAAGUGCUGGUCUGGUGGCCUGUUCGUUAGAGAUUGGUUGAACAUUACUUCCUCUGAUAGGUUCUUCACGUGCAUGCCUCUCUAUCAUAGUUCUGCCUCAGUGCUUGGCUGUAUAACCUGCUUGAUGAGUGGAUCUACCCUGAUUAUUGGCCGCCGGUUCUCUGCACGCAACUUCAUCAAGGAGGCCCGUGAGAAUGAUGCGACAAUCAUCCAAUAUGUGGGCGAGACAUUGCGUUAUCUAUUGGGCGUGGCACCUGAAGUUGACCCGGUGACCGGCGAAGACCUGGAUAAGAAGCACAAAAUCCGCCUGGCUUUUGGAAAUGGACUCCGCCCUGACAUCUGGAACCGCUUCAAAGAGCGCUUUAACAUUCCCACAAUCGCUGAAUUUUACGCCGCUACCGAAGGCACUACUGGCGCGUGGAAUAUCUCGUCAAAUGACUUCUCCGCAGGUGCCAUCGGUCGAAACGGUGCUUUGGGAAAUUUUGUUCUUGGUCGUGGCUCUGCUAUUGUGGAUGUUGAUCACGAGACCGAGGAACCGUGGCGUGAUCCUAAGACUGGUCUCUGCAAAAGUGUCCCUCGAGGGGAUCCCGGUGAGUUGCUGUUCGCCAUUGAUGCAGCAGAUCCCACUGCCAAUUUCCAGGGCUACUUCGGGAAUAAGAAGGCGACAGAAGGCAAAAUAAUCCGUGAUGUACUCAAGAAGGGCGAUGCCUAUUUCCGGACCGGUGACAUGAUUCGAUGGGACAAAGACGGCCGCUGGUUCUUCUCGGAUCGACUGGGUGAUACCUUCCGGUGGAAGAGCGAGAAUGUGUCCACCAGCGAGGUUUCUGAGGUUCUGGGCGCGCAUUCUGAAGUGCAUGAAGCCAACGUUUACGGUGUGACUCUUCCUAAUCAUGAUGGUCGUGCCGGAUGUGCAGCUAUCAUCUUCAACAAGCAGAUGGCAAACGGUAACCUUUCCGAUUCCGCACUAGAGCCCUCGCGCGAGGUGCUUGAUACUCUGGCUGCACACGCUCUCAAGAACCUGCCUCGGUUUGCGGUUCCGCUGUUUUUGCGGGUCACGCCUGUGACACAGUCGACCGGUAAUAACAAGCAACAGAAGCAUGUUCUCCGCACUGAAGGCGUGGAUCCAGCUCUCGUAUCGGAGAAGGACCGACUUUACUGGCUCCAGGAUAAAACCUAUGUCCCCUUUGGACAGAGAGACUGGGAACGGUUGACUGGUGGUCAGGUUCGACUUUGA